AUGGCGACCGAGGCGCCCUCUUCCGCCGCCGGUAACGCAGAAUAUAAACUGCCUCGAUCGAUAUUUGAAUUGAAGGCGGAUUUCUUUGACUCUUGUCGGUUGUUGGAUCCUUCGGUCCGGUUAGGACCUGUGGUUUUACCCGCUUUCGAUCCGGACAAAAGAGACGAGGCGGAGGAGAAGGGUUCCAAGGACGGAGUGAUUUUGGACAGAUGGACCUGUCAUACUUGUCAAAUCGAGUUCGUAUCUCUUCAAGAUCAACGCUCACAUUUCAAGUCCGAUAUUCAUCGCCUUAACAUUAAGCUGAGUGUUGCUGGGAAGGCUAUAUUGAAAGAGGAAGAUGUUGAUGAAUUGACAUCUGAGUCUGUCCAAGACUAUGAUGUGUCUAGUAUCUCAGGAUCAGAGGACGAAGCUGAGUCAGCUAGAGCUUCAUUCCAGGUUGUUGAUCCUCAAAAGGGUAUUGAUAAAAAGAAGCUCUUUUUUCGUCUUCAAAGUGGUGAUAAAGUUUCUAUAUGGAGAAGCUUAAUCGUGGACGAGGCUGAGAAGGUUUCAUACGGGAAUGACAGGGGAGGAGGAAGCUCUGUUGAUGAUUGUGGGAGCUUGGGCGAGAAUGAAGUCACUGAGAGGUUGAGAAAUUUGAUUCGAGAGAAUAUCAAGGAUGAUAGGAAAAUGUGUGUCGUGUUGCUUGCUAGUGGUGGCCACUUUGCCGGUACUGUCUUUAAAGGAAAAUCGGUUGUGGCUCAUAAGACAUUCCACAGAUACGUUGUAAGAGCUAAGGCUGGUAAAAAGCAGUCCACAAAAGAUGCAAGCGGGAGAAGUAUUCACUCUGCUGGAGCCUCACUUCGUCGAUAUAAUGAACUUGCUUUGAAAAAGGAUAUUCAAGAUCUACUUGCUAGCUGGAAGCCUUAUUUUGAUGGCGCUUCUUGUGUUUUUAUCCAUGCUCCCUCAAGCAGUAGGCAAUUGCUUUUCAAUGGAGGCAAACCAUAUUUUAGCAGCCAGAACUGUGCUGUACGAAACGUUCCAUUUACUAUCCGGCGGCCAACAUUCAAGGAAUCACAGCGUAUAUAUAGUCAGUUGACUCAGGUUUCAUAUGUAACUGAGGAGAUUUAUGUAAAUCCACCAGAAGAAGCCAAAGCUAAUAUCGUGGUGCACACCCACACUGGUGAUAUCGCAAGACAUGAAGAGCCUGAUGAAACUUCUUCUAUCAGCAUAAUCUUAGAGGAACCAAAUCAUGUAGAAGAGGAGGAUCAUGGGGAUGGAGUUACUGGUACGUCAACUCCAUUACAUGAAGCUGCUAAAUCUGGUGAUUUUAAGAGAGUUCUGGAGUUACUGGAGGAGGGUAUGGAUCCUUGUGCUAAGGAUGAAAGAGGCAGAACACCAUACAUGCUUGCAAAUGAAAAAGAAGUGAGAAACACUUUCAGACGAUUUAUGGCGUCAAACCUUGAAAAAUGGAAUUGGCAUGAUGCUAAAGUACCCAGCCCGCUGACCAAAGAGAUGGAAGAAUCUCAAGCUGCCAAGCAGGCAGAGAAAGACGCCAAGCAGAAAGCAAGAACAAAAGAAUUGAAGAAACUACGUAAAGCGCGAGAAAAGAAGGCUCAGGCGGAAGCUGCGCAAGCUGAGAAGGAGAAACCGAUCUCUAAAGUGGAGGAAGUGAGGAGAGCAAUGGCGGCUGCGAGGGAAAAGAGAGCAGCGGCUGCAGAAAGACGGAUGGCAUCGCUUAACAUUCAAAGCAGUUCAACGACAUCAUCAUCAUCGGCAUCAUAG